UCUGCCUGCCUCUCCUCAGACUGAUGAUGGCUGAAGCCCAGCUGUGUGGAUUACAGGAUGAGUUCACCUGCUCGGUGUGUCUGGACACUCUGACUGACCCCGUCUCAAUCCCCUGUGGACAUAAUUUCUGCCUGAAGUGCCUCACAGACUGCUGGGAUCAGAGCCAAGAGUGCAGCUGUCCUCAGUGCAGACACACCUUCACCACAAGACCUGAACUGAACAGAAACACUCUGUUGAAUGAAGUCAUCAAGAAAUUAAAGAAGACAACACUCAGUUCUCCUCCUCCUCAGAAUUAUGCCGGCCCUGGAGACGUGGAGUGUGAUUUCUGUACUGGUAAGAAGUUCAGAGCAGUGAAGUCCUGUCUCACCUGCAUGGCUUCCUACUGUCAGACUCACCUGCAGCCUCACUAUGAAGUAGCGGCCCUGAAGCACCACAAGCUGGUUGAUCCUGAUAGAAAUCUGAAGGAGAAACUCUGUGAGAAACAUCAGAAAAGUCUGGAGAUAUUCUGUAAAACUGAUGAUUCCUGUAUCUGCAUGAUGUGUGUGGUGACUGGACAUAAUGGUCAUAAAAUGGUCGAGCUGGAGACGGUAAGAGAAGAAAAGCAGAAACAGCUAGGUGUGACACUGAGUGACAUCAAGAUGGGACUUCAGGAGAGAGAGAAAACACUGAAGGAGAUGAAGAGGGCGAUGGACGAGAUGAAGAUGUCUGUGGUAAGAGAGGUGGAAGAAAAUGAGAAGAGCUUCACUGCUCUGAUACGGUGCAUUGAGGAAGCCCACAGGACACUAACUGAGAGGAUCAGAGAUCAAGAAAAGAGAGAAAUGGAGAAGGCUAACGGAAUCAUGGAGCGACUGGAGAAGGAGAUUGAGGAGCUGAAGAGGGGUGAAGCUGAGCUGAAGGAUGUUUCAGAGACCAAGGACCAUCUCCACUUCCUGCAGACUUUCUCAUCUCGCUGUGUCCUUCCUGCUGAUGGAGACUCGCUGAGCUUCACUGUCACCGCUGAUUUCUCAUCUGUGGACCUGAGAAAGGAGCUGUCAGGUCUGACAAAGAGUCUGGAGAAGAUCAGCCGGUGGGACAUCAUGACAAGGACUCCAUCAGCUCCAGUUUUCGCCCUCCAGCCUCCUGAACCUCAGAGCAGAGACGACUUUUUAAAAUACUUCUGUCCCCUCACAAUGGACAUCAACACGGCAUACAGUGACCUUCAUCUAUGUGAAGGGAACAAGAAGGUGACAUGUGAGGAGACAGGGACUGAAUAUCCUGAUCAUCCUGACAGAUUUGACUACUGGGAACAAGUUCUGUGCAGAGAAGCUCUGACUGGGACUCGCUGUUACUGGGAGGUGGAGUGCAGUGGAGACUUCAUGAGGAUUGGAGUCGCAUAUAAAGGACUGAGAAGGAAAGGAGGGGGCGUGGAGUGCGGCCUUGGAAACAACGACAAGUCCUGGUGUUUGCGGUGGUCUCAUUCCCAGUACUCUGUGUGGCACAAUAAACAGCAGACUGUAAUCAGCGCCCCCUACAGCCCCACAAUAGGUGUGUAUCUGGACUGGCCUGCUGGCUCUCUGUCAUUUUAUAGCGUCUCACACACAAUGACCCUCCUGCACAGGUUCAACACCUCCUUCUCUGAGCCCCUCUAUCCAGGGUUUUAUCUUGAUCCUUACUCCAGUAUAACCAUCAGCCCUCUGACACCAUGUGACCACUGACCAGUACCUUCCACCGGUCAAUUGAUGUCCCCACAAUCUUAGGUGUCUUUGUGUUUGUAGUUUGUGGUCAAAAUUAAUUUUCCACUAUUGGCGGGGGGGCAGCACCUCUGUGAGUGAAUUUGUGGAUGAGAAUGCGGGGCGAGUGCGGCUGUCAGGGUCUCCAUUAUUAUUGAGUCUGAGUAGCCAAU